AAACAAAAUUAUACAUCAAUAAUUGAAAAAAACGCACACCUUCUUGCCAUACUCUUGCUUAGUGAAUUUGAUGCUAAGAUUGAUUAAUAAUCAAAAUUUUUUUUUAUUUUUAUGCUUUAAAGAAAAACAGAAAAUUAUGAAGGUAAAAAGACUAGAACUCAGAACCUUAACGUGAAGGCACGUUAGAAAAAGGAAAUCACAGGUGCCAACUUAACAAUAUCCCGCCGCAACGCAAAAAUAAAAUAAAUUCUAAUUAUUAAAUGAAAAAGGCGUGAAAUUUAAGUUAUGACGGAGUUGUGUCCUUAUAAACGAUAUGAGAAAUCGUUGGGAUUACUUACUACGAGAUUUGUGUCACUCUUGCAGAAGGCAAAGGAUGGUGUCUUGGAUUUAAAAGUCGCUACUGAUUUACUAGCUGUUAGACAAAAAAGAAGAAUAUACGAUAUAACGAACGUUUUAGAAGGAAUAGGUCUAAUUGAAAAGCGUAGCAAAAACAGCAUACAAUGGAAAGGAGCAAGCCCGGACUGUAAGACCUCAGAGAUUGGCACUAAAGUUAAUAAAUUAAGAAAAGAAAUAAAUUUGCUGGAAGAACAUGAACAGUUAUUAGAUAAACAAGUGCAUUGGAUAGAACAAAGUAUUAAAAAUGUUAUGGAUGAUACAGAUAAUGAAUCUUUGACUUAUGUGAGUGAAGAUGAUAUUAAAAAAUGUUUUGAAGGUGAUCAAAUUUUUGUAAUGGAAGCACCACUUGGAGCAGACUUGGCUGUUGGACGUUUGCCUGGCAAAGAACCAGUAAACAAUCAUAAUUUUUAUUUACAUGUAAAAUCAAGCAACCCUGUUGGAGUUAUUUUAUUAUGUGAUGUGGAAAAGGAAAAGGUCAUUGAGGAUGACAGUAUGGAUGAUGAGGUGAAAAGUUACACAGAAGGAGCUGAUAAUAUAUUACAAUGCCCCAAUUAUCUUCUGAGAUUGAGUCCACCCAUCACGAAACAAGACUUUUCCUUCUCUUUACGUGGCUCCGAAGGUUUAUGCGAUCUUUUUGAUAUUCCUUGUUAGACCAGAAAAAAUCAUGUUACUUUUUUUGACAUCAAGUUUUAUGUUAUUGAAUUAUGAAAGACAUUUUUACAUUCGUUUCGAUACUUUGUUUCUCUUUUUUUUGGACUUUGAAAAUGUAAAUAAAUGUUGUAAAUAAUUAAAAAAAAAACAAUAAUCAUGUAUAGAAAUGAUACUUAUAAGAGGACACAAGGAGUCUAAAUUAAAAUCAAU